CUGCCCAUUCUGCGACCCCGCCGCCGGCAGCCCCAGCCCUUCGCUCCCAGAACCCUUCGCCCCCACUUCCCGCUUCGCUCGUGGUUCCAUCUGAAGCGAGACGCAGCCAUGGCCGCAGGUGGUGAGCCGACUAACUUUCAGAAGGAGCAGAUGUUUGGAAUGGCAGAGAAAGAGAUGGAGUACAGGGUUGAUAUGUUCAAUCGGCUUACACAGACAUGUUUUGACAAGUGCAUUGCGAACAGGCACAAAGAAGUUGAGCUCAAUAUGGGUGAGAACAGCUGCAUUGAUCGAUGUGUUUCCAAGUAUUGGCAGGUAGUCUACUUUCUUUUCCUUUGGAGUUUAUGUCUAAGAGCAAACAAAUUUGGUGACUUCUCUAGUUGGACAGCUUCUUGGAAAUGCCCCCAAGUGAGAUGUAAUUUCGUUUUGUGGUGGAAGUCUUCGAUUUUGGCUCCAAGGUUUGACGGAUUACUAAGUAAACCAGGACUAGAGAAGUUACAUUUUUCGAUCUUUAGCCCCGAACUUUCGGCACUUGGACAACGAGCACCGGUACCAAAUUCUGCAUGUACCGUGCGUUUUGAGCUUGGAAAGCAACAUGGCAUCUACUCUUAUCCGGGCAAACUAAGCCUUACUGAGAAUGAGAAGAUGAGCUAUGUUUCCAGCAUUUUACAUAACUGGUCUUCCCCUGUUCCUAGUUGCAUACCUAUUUGUGCCCUUGGCGUACUGUAGAUGCUGUCGUUUUUGUAUCGUGGGCAUAUUAUGUGUGCCGCCAUGGUGUCUAGCUGUCUUGAGUUUGAUGCUGGAUUAAACAACGAGCACCAGAAUUUGCACGUUGUUAAUUUACAAAAUGGUGGCUUUACCCUUGA